AUGGUGCGACGUGAAAAUAAUCACAAAAAUUUCAAAGCUUUCUCGCUUAUCUUUUUCUGCAUUUGUUGUGUCUUGCUUUUGGUUACGAAUCGUUUUUCGAGAGACACUAUAGAGGAAUUGUCGGAUAAUGAUUUGGAAGAACUGAAAAACAUUGUGAUCCAAUUCGAUGAUGUUCCUGACGAGCAUAUUGAAGUCGAGGAGAAUGAAGUAUUGGAUGGCAAAAAGUUGUUGGAUUUGGAAGAAGUGAAUCUCAUGAGGAACUAUUCGCUUAGUAACUUUGUGGCAAAUGUCACAAAAAAGCAGCACAAUUUGGUAUUAGCUUCAUGGAGAACUGGCUCAACUUUAACUGGAGACAUUUUGAAAUCAUAUCCUCGGGCAUUUUAUCAUUACGAGCCUUUUUGUUUUGUGCAACAACAUUUGCAUGGAUUGAACUCUUCUGCUGCACAAGAUGUCUUAAAAAAGCUAUUUCUCUGCAAGUAUGAUGCUCUUGAUCGGAUGUUGGAGUUCAAUAACAGAAAACGCUGGUUAUGGUCUUUCAAUACGCAAUUAUGGCCUUUUUGCAAUGCUUUUCGCCCAUUUUGUAAAAGCCCGAAAUUCUUAACAUCAGUUUGUCAAAUCUUUCCCGUUCAACUUGUGAAAACUGUUAGACUUGGCUUGACUGAUGUCUCAGCGAUGCUCGAUGACAAAGAUUUGAAUCUCAAAAUUUUGCUGCUGGUUCGAGAUCCACGUGGCGUGAUGAAUUCUCGCGGUAAGAUCAACUGGUGUACCAAAUCUGAGGAUUGUAUGAACAUGGAAAUGCUUUGCAAACGCAUGGAAGCGGAUUAUGAGGAAGCGAAGAGGAUACAAAAACACAAAAGUGCUCAUAUUCAAGUUGUGCGAUAUGAGGAUCUAGUUUCGUGGCCUCAUCGCACAACCAAGAGCAUCUUUGAGUUUUUUGGCAUGGAAGUCACGAAGGAAGUUGUGAAUUAUUUGAAUCGGAAUACAAUGUCGCAAGUAGGGCGAACUCGACCCGAAAUUGCUGCCAUGAUGCGACGCCAUGGCGCUGUCUACAGUAAAUGGGUGCACGAAAUGGAAUUCGAUGACAUCUUGGAGGUACAGAAAUAUUGCAAAAAGGCCAUGGAACUUUUCGGGUAUCGAGAAAUGGAUAAUUGGACUGAAAAAGGACCGUUAUUUGAAACGUUGAGCGAGUUUAAAUUUUAA